AGGAACGUCAACAACGCGGCCAUGGCUUCUCCGGGCGAUGACGAGAUUUUCGAAAAGUUGAGCCAGAAAACGGACCCCGCCGAGCUCAAAAAGCAGGAAGAUGAGCUCAAUGCACGGCUGUACGCACAACAACAGAAGGCUCAAGAAAGAGUAGCGGAGCUGAUUGUCGAAAAUACCACCCUCCCCGUUACGAUAUCCUCGGUCCACAUUCUCCAUGCCAAUCGAACUCGCAAAAGCUUUCUCCAACGUGUUGUCAACCCCCUACUGAGCGCAAAUAAUGAGGAACCGUACACUUUGGAAGAGGCUCUGAGAGAAGUGGGCGUAGCGGCUGAUAAGCUCAAUCGCUUUGGCAUUUUCAAAUCUCCGAUCUCAGUGUUCAUCGACCGUCCCGAUCCCACAAAUCCCUCCAGCUCCCCCACCGACAUCGACGUAUAUCUUUCCGCUGUUGAACGUGGGACCUACACCAUCAAGACUGGAACCGAGGCCGGUCAUUCGGAAGCCGAUGCGUAUGUUAACGCAGAAUUCCGCAACCUGUUCGGCGGCGCCGAGACGUUAAACGCUCACGCAUCUCUGGGUACCCGGACCCGAUCGGCUUACUCGCUCUCCGCCAGUACUCCUAUACUUAGCAACCCCGAUUUCAAGUUCCAGCUGAAUGGCUUUGCAAGCUCUACGCUGAAGAGCUGGGCAAGCCACGAGGAGGUCCUAAGAGGAGGGAACUCCAUUCUCAGCUAUUUGACAAAGAACGGACACAAGCAUGAGUUCAGCUACUCCGGUAUCUGGAGACAAGUUACCGGCCUUACGCAGAACGCAUCUCCCACUGUCAUUGCAGACGCCGGUGACUCUUUCAAGUCCAGCCUUACCCACACAUGGACCAACGAUAGACGCGACUAUGCUCUGCUACCCAGUAAAGGCUACGUCAUGAAGACGGUCUCGGAAUUAGCCGGCGUGGGACCCUUGAGAGGAGAUGUCUCCUUCUUCAAGACGCAGGCUGAAUCGCAGAUCGCGUUACCCUUUGGUGACACUGGAAUUACGUUCACGGCAGGCCUUCGCGGAGGCAUCCUCUACCCCCUCGCUUCCGGCGGAAGCAGAAUUCCCCAACAAUCCCGCAUCAAUGACCGCUUCCAGCUCGGCGGACCCAACGAUGUCCGCGGUUUCCGCAUCUCCGGUCUCGGUCCGCACGAUGGUUCCGAUGCUGUUGGCGGAGAUGUCUUUGCUGCGGGCGGCGCUAGUCUGCUAUUCCCUAUCCCACGUGUCCGCAAGGAGACGCCUCUCAGAUUGCAAGCAUUCGUUAAUGGCGGACGGUUGGUUUCUCUCCAGAAGCAGGAUAAGGAAGGUCAGAUGGACAGUGCGGCUGUCAAGGACAGCAUGAAGAAGGCAAUCAGGUCGUUAACAGACGGCCUCCCUAGCUGUGCGGCGGGCCUGGGUCUCGUCUACGCUCACCCAAUAGCGCGCUUUGAGAUUAAUUUCUCGUUGCCGCUUGUGGCGAGGCACGACGAGGCGACGAGGAAAGGCCUAUCGUUUGGUGUUGGGAUCGAAUUCAUGUAG